AUGGACCCAUUGACUGCGCUUUCGGUCGCAGCCGCUGUCGUUCAAUUUGCCGACUUCGGCUGUCGUCUGCUUAGGCGCGCAUACGAGAUUUACGAGUCUCCGAAAAAUCAAUCGGCCAAGAACAUUGAGCUCUCAACCGUGUCGCGCGACCUGGCGCAUCUCGUCCAGGACGUUGAAUUGAAGCUGGGCGGAAAUGGCAACGAAACUGAAAAUAGAAAAGGGCAAGGGCGAGGGCAAGCCCAGAGCCGGGAAGAACAGCACCCCAACGAGGCCUUCAUGCGCCUGUGUCGCGAGUGCAGAGAAACAAACGACCAGCUCCAGGUCAUUAUCGGCAAGCUGCAGGCUCGCGGCUCCAACAGGCUCUCGCUGGCCGCCUCGAGCUGGAUGGUCGCGCUCCGACAGGCCGCUGCCGCCGGCGACCUGGACAGACUCACCGAGCGCCUCAACCAGAUCCGCCAGCAGAUCAUGGUCGCUCUGCUGUCCCAGCUGCUGGGCGAGGCCCGGAGGAGCGGCCUCGACCUGCGCCAGUUUGCCCACCAGCAGGCGAGCAUGAUCGCCACCCUCGAUCGGAUCGACCAGAACACGAAGCAGCUCAGCACCGACGUCGUAGGGCUCGUCGACAUGAGCUCGUCGCGCCAUCGCACCGAGGCCAACGACAUGGUGAACUACGUCAUGAGCGACAGCUGGGAUGCCGACGAGUAUUCUGCUCCGGCCCGCAUCGACAAGUACCGAGACCGCGCCCUUCUCGACCGCGUCUUCCAGGCCCUGUUCUUCACGACCAUGGACCACCGAGAGGCGAGCAUCCCCAAGAAGUACGCCGAGACAUUUGAGUGGAUCUUUGCCGAGCCUCGAAAGUCAAAAGACGGCCAACCUCUGUGGUCCAGCUUUCCCAAAUGGCUGCAAGGCGAUUCCAAAGGCAUCUACUGGAUGAGUGGCAAGCCGGGCUCGGGCAAGUCGACCUUGCUCAAAUUCAUUUCGAGAGACCCGAGGCUCAAGGAAAACCUAAAAGUGUGGGCUAAGGGGUCUGAGGUGCUCGUCGCCAGCUUCUUCUCCUGGACCGCCGGCAUGGACAAGCUCCAGAAGACGCACGAGGGGCUUCUCCGAACCCUGCUCCUUGACCUCUUUCGGAAGAAACCCCAACUCCUGGCCACUGCGUUCCCCGCCCGCUGCAAGAACCCCAUGCUGCAGCUCGAAAACCUGACUAGGCAAGAUAUCAAGCUGUUCGUCAAGAAGAAGCUCGAGCUGAGCCCGGGCUACCAGGACCUAGCCAGCACCUCUCCGCAGGCGGCGCGCAAGAUCCUCAGCGACAUUGUCAACAAGGCCGAGGGCGUGUUCCUGUGGGUCUCGGUUGUGUCUGGCCUGCUCGAGGGCUCGUUUCAAGAAGGCGCGCGGAUAACGGACCUCCAAGCCAUAGUCGACGGCCUGCCUAGCCAGGUCUCGGAUCUGUUCCGCUAUAUCUGGGACCGGACGAGCAAGCGGUUUCGCGCUGAAGCUUCCCAGUACUUCCAGGUCAUGAGGGCCUGCGAGAAGGUGGGCACCAACCUCUUCGGCCUGGCGCUCUGGCUCGGCGACAGCGACACGCCCGCCGACCUGGCCGCAGCCGAGGUCACAAACGAGUACCUGACGGGAGUUGCCAAGUCGCUGGAGCGCAGGCUAAUGAGCCGCACGGGCGGACUGCUUGAGCUGACGGGCGACUUAGGCGGCAUCGCAACCAUGCACGUCGACUUCAUGCACCGGACCGCCAACGACUGGGUUCGGGACAACUGGGAAAGCAUUUCCGCAGCAACAGAGGCCGGGUUUGACGAGUGGCUCUGGCUCUUCAAGGGCGAGGCUCUGAUGAUGCUGUUA